GCCAAUAAGGAGUCAGUUUGUUGAACAGGCGCUAAAUCUGUUGUCUGUCUACCUCAUACUCCAGGAGAGAGUAAACGUAUCGGUAAAAUUAGUAGUUAAGACUGUCUAAGUUUAAUGAACUUUACUGAAUUACAACUCCGCGGCGAGACAAGCUCAGCGCGAGUCUCCGGGCACUUAUCUCACUCCUUGUCGCGAGCCAUGCUGAGGAAACUGGCCGCUAUUUCGUGAACUGAGCUCGGACUGCUAAAUUAGCUAGCUUAAUCUCGCCAGCUCAGCCUCUUACCAACAAUGUCUAGUCUGCCACAAAAUAACUUGAAGGAACAGCUGGCGAGGCACAGCAAUGCGGCUCAAAGCAAGUUGACUUUGGCUAAACCUAAACCUGGGGCCUUUUCUUUCAAAAAGAAGUCCUCAUCGGGUACAACCAAGGUGGAAGUCCCAACCAAGGUAAUCAGCUGUAAUGUUUUGGCAAACAGGAAUGUCAAUGUCCCUAAGAACAGUUUGGUGACUAAAUCUCCUUUGACAUUUUCAAACAAGCUUGAGAGACCUCAAAAAUCCCAAAUCAACAACUUCUUCUCUGUAAGUUCAAAAGGCAAGUCGGACUUGAUCAGCCCAGCAGGUAACUGUGCUCCUGCAGGCCACACACCUUCAGCAGGGUCUGCUAUUAAGGUGACUACAGCGGCACCUAAAUCUGACCAGUUUAGUAGUGGCACACGAGACAAUCCCACAAGUCUAGAUGUAUCGCUUGGAUUCCCGAUGGACGACUGGGAUGAUUUUGAUGACUUUGAAACUCCAGCCAAAGCAAAAAAUGACUCAUUCAGUUCAGAAGUAUCAGGGAAGAGCUCCAAUCCACUGUCAUCUCCCAGGGAAGAAAAAAUACAAUUAACAGGGAAACUAAACCAUGAUGCCUCUCUUAUGACACCAGAGUUAAGCAACCGUUUUGCAAACAAGUAUGGUCUUUCCAGAAGUGAACAAUCUCGUAUGGAAACAGAUGAACUGGAGAACAGUGUUUACAAAGCUGCAGUUUCACCAGGACCUACUUUGAAUCAGGACCCAGCACAGUGUGAACUUGAGGAUUCUCCAGUUAAAAUGACCAGAAGACGUCCUCCUGCUCAUCUGAGUGAUAGUGAAGAGGACAACGAUGUUGUCCUUGAGCCUUUUAAAGGAAUGAGAGAUGAUAAUAAAACAUGGAUUGACCCAAAGGUAAUAGAGCUUGAUGGUAACUCAGAGCCUGAAGAUGACCUCGAUUACAUUCCCCCUUCUCCAAUCCCUGAUGAGAUCUCUUACACUACUUCUGCAUUGACGAUGAGAUCAAAAUCAGCUGAUGCUGAAAGCAGAGACAGUCCUGUGCAAUCAAAGGGACCCAUCACAACACUACAAGAACCAUCUGAUCACCACUCAAAAGACAAAAGAAAUGAGCAACUCUUCAGUAUCAUGGAGUCCAUUUGUGCUCUGAUUGAUUCCAUCCCUGAACAUGAACUAAUAGGUCUGUCUUGUGGAAAUGAGCUUUUGCUGAAGAGGGCUCAAAGGAAAAGAAUUCUUGCAAUUGGUGGUGGCGGUUUAUUGAGGAUGCAGCAGCCCGACAGCACUGUGAUUUCUGAACCCAGCUUUAAAGACACAUCAUCUUUUAGCUGCGAUACGUCUAGUGUUAUGUCAUCUAGCAGCUCUGUGCCAGUGGACUCAAAGAAGCCUCCUCAGAUCAGGAGAUCUUCAGCCAUCUCUGUGGACUAUGACACUGAUCACUCUGACAGUAUUAUCAAUGUGAAACCCAUGCACAGUAAGCACAGCAGGACAUUAUAUAUGGAAAAUGAGACUAUCUGUGAUUCUCCAAGCCACAGCCUCACAAAUCCAUCUUUUAAUUUCUCUAAGAAAACAAGCACAGACCUGGAUGGUUCAGAUCUCUUCUCACCCAAGAAGCCAGAUACUGAUUUUCAGAACCAAUGUAAUACCCCUGCAACCAUUACAGCUGCAGAAGACAUAGAACCAGAUGACUUUAACAUUGACGACUUUGACAUAGAUGACUUUAAUGACUCUGAUAUCCCUGAUUACUAUGACGAACCCCCAACCGUGACUCCAAGAGAGAAUGAGGGGGGACCAAGCAAGUCUUCAUGGGAGAAGAAACCAACAACACCUGCACCCAAGCCUUCAAAAAUCUGCUCUCCAGAACCCACCUUCAGAAACCCAGCCCAUGAUCGCUUCAGAGGGUUCAACUUCCCCCACUCACAGGAGAUGAUGAAGAUCUUCCACAAGCGUUUCGGUCUUCAUCAAUUCAGGUUCAAUCAACUAGAAGCAAUUAAUGCAACGCUUCAGGGAGAAGACACAUUUGUUUUGAUGCCCACAGGUGGGGGUAAAAGCCUGUGCUACCAGCUGCCUGCCUGCGUGUCACCAGGAGUCACUGUGGUCAUCUCCCCACUCAAAUCACUCAUUGUAGACCAGAUCCAGAAACUCACUACACUGGAUAUCCCAGCAACAAGCCCUUCUGGUGAUAAAAGUGACAGUGAAGCAGGGAGGAUCUAUAUGCAGCUCUCCAGGAAAGACCCCAUCAUUAAACUGCUCUAUGUCACUCCUGAAAAGGUGAGCGCAAGUAACAGGCUGAUCUCCGCCCUGCAGAACCUGUACGAGCGAGGCCUUUUAGCCCGGUUUGUCAUAGAUGAGGCCCAUUGUGUCAGUCAGUGGGGCCACGAUUUCCGUCCAGACUACAAGAGGUUGCAUGAACUACGUCAGAAGUUCCCCAACGUGCCGAUGAUGGCCCUGACAGCCACCGCCACCCCCCGAGUUCAGAAAGACAUCCUUAACCAGCUGAAUAUGACUCGGCCGCAAGUGUUUACCAUGAGUUUUAACAGAACAAACCUGAAGUACGCCGUGCUGCCCAAGAAACCCAAAAAAGUUGACGAGGACUGCAUCACCUGGAUCAAGAAGCACUACCCACGUGACUCUGGCAUUGUGUACUGCCUGUCUCGUAAUGACUGUGAUGCCAUGGCUGAGAGUCUGCAGAGAGCAGGGAUAUUAGCUCUGUCGUAUCACGCAGGUCUGCAUGACGGUGACAGAGAAUAUGUGCAGACCAAGUGGAUCAAUCAGGACGGCUGCCAGGUCAUCUGUGCCACCAUAGCCUUUGGCAUGGGCAUUGACAAGCCUGAUGUGCGCUAUGUGAUCCACGCCAGCCUGCCUAAAUCAGUCGAGGGUUACUAUCAGGAGUCUGGGAGAGCUGGCAGAGAUGGAGAGAUCUCUCACUGUAUUCUCUUCUACUCCUACACCGACGUCCACCGCAUCAAGAGGAUUAUCAGCAUGGACAGAGAAGGUGACAGACAUGCCAAGUCGACUCAUUUCAACAACCUACACAGCAUGGUGCACUUCUGUGAGAACGUGAUGGAGUGCAGGAGAAUUCAGCUGCUUGCAUACUUUGGGGAGCUGAAGUUCAACAAAAGCUUCUGUAAGGAGCACGCAGACGUCAGCUGUGACAACUGUUCCAAACCCAACCAAUACAAGAUGAGAAAUGUAACUGAAGAUGUGAAGAAGGUUGUGAGGUUUGUCCAGGAGAACUGCGAGAAAGUUGGAGCAAGGUUUGGCAAGACUGCUCAGCAAAACCGACUGACACUGAACAUGCUGGUGGAUAUCUUUGUAGGGUCUAAAUCUGCCAAGAUACAGACAGGAAUGUUUGGGAUGGGAGGAGCUUACUCCAGGCAUAAUGCUGACCGUCUCUUCAAAAAACUGGUUCUGGACAACAUCCUGGUGGAGGAUCUCUACAUCACUAACAACGGCCAAGCUGUGUCUUAUAUCUCUGCUGGAUCCAAAGCCAUGAACGUUCUGUCUGGACACAUGCAGGUGGAGUUCUAUGAGACAGAGAGUGCGUCUAGCAUCAGGAAACAAAAAGCUGUGGCCAAGAACGUCUCUCAGAGAGAGAAGAUGGUUCAGGAGUGCUUGAAGGAACUGACCGAUCUGUGCAAGCAGCUAGGGAAAGCGUUUGGCAUUCACUAUUACAACAUCUUUUCCACCGCCACCUUGAAAAAGAUAGCUGAGAAGCUUUCUUCUGACACCGAAGUCCUCCUACAAAUUGAUGGUGUGACAGAAGACAAACUGGAGAAGUAUGGAGCAGAAGUCAUUCAGGUCUUACAGAAAUACGCUGAGUGGCAGCUGCCUGAGGAGCACACUGACAAUGGUGGAGACGGGUGGAUAGACACGACACGAGGACGCGCACAGGGAGAUUACGAUGACGAGGACGACACAGAGUCCUCCACCUACUUCUGUAAUCAGGCCGCACGGGGACAGAAGAGAAAGAAAGCUCCAUUCUUUAAAUAUUCCAAGAAGAGAAAAGGAUAUGGCAACACAAGUGGCAACUCCUAUGGUCGUGGCUACAGCAGCAAUAAAUCGUCAUCGUCCAGCUCCAGGGGUGGAUCCAAAGCUGCAGGCCGGGGGUCCAGGAGCUCAGCAGGGGAUGCAUCAGCAGGCAGGAGACCGGGCUUCCUGUCCGCCCCAACCCCUCAAACAAACCAGCGACCCUUCUUAAAACCAGUCUUUUCACACUUGGGCUAGGGCCAUCCUCUUGAUCUGCCUUUCUAGGAUAGCAAAGUACUCAAACGAGUUGAUGUUAGUAAUUGUUGUAAAGUAUUGAUCUGUCUAUGGAAACUGCUAAAAUUGUAUAUUUAUGUUCUCCAGUCAUUGUCAUGGGGUCUUUCCAGAUUUUGUAUUGAUUGUUGUAAAUUGUUUGUAAAUGUUUCACUCUGUUUUGGUGUACAUCUUAUUUUUUUAUAUUAAAGACAAAUUGAAAUUUUA